CUGCCCCGCCCAGUAGGUUCCUUUGCAGCGCUUUUUCUACACUUUUUCUCCCUCCUCUUCCUCCUCGCCCCGCCUUUCCGCCCCCCCCCCCUAUAUCCCUGUAGUUCCUUCCCCGCCUCGCCACCCUCCACGAUCUCGCGAGACUUGGCCCAGAACAUUGCGGAUCGGGUCGGCGCCAUUUUGGGACCGAGACUGGUUGUGGGGGAGGGAAAAGCGGCAAAAGGGGAUUAUUCAAAGUACCGAAAACCUUCUCCCGGGAUCGAGCGCAGCGGCACCCCCAGGCCAGGGGCACCUCUGGUGGGGCAGAAGGUGAUUGAAUAACUCAGAUAUGAAGAUCAUCUUCUAGGGUUUUUUUCUUGUGUGUGUAAAAGGCCCUGGAUAGUUGAAGUGGCCAUUUUGGAAUUACAAUGGUUUUGGAUAUUUUUGUUCCAGAAGUUUGUUAAAAAUUGGCAACAAUCAACCCUGAAGUGAAUUGAUAAUAGUGAACAAUUCAACAAGCUACUUAAAACGAGACCAGGCAUUUCUUCAGUAUUUUGGUUCAAACGGAUUAUAUAACUCAUUAAAGUAUUUCAGCUGGUGGAAUUUUUGCUUCUUACCCUCUUACCCCCUGUUGGUGUUCUUCAGCCCAAAACUGUAAGAUAUGUUUGAGUUGUGUACCGAGUAGUUUUUGGCAGUUUCAGAUUAUUGUUUAAAUAUUGCUGAAGUUUCGUGGUAGUUUUUUUACCUUUAUUAAAAAGUUUUAGGAAUUUUUGAUUUUGGCCCUUUUCUUGGCACAAUGCGACAGCUCUUCUAAAUGAAGACAUUGAAAGAAUACCAAGUUUUUUUCCUUUUAUCUUUUAUUUACAUGGAAAUUUAAGAUGUUGCCGUUUCCCAGCAGCAUGGUAGUAUUGAGAUAGCUGUGUGUCUUCCCUGUAUAUGCUGAUGCUUUAGGAAUGUUCUUCAGAUGUGACAUUUUCUUUUUGUUUUUGAUUUUUGGCUCAUAAAUUGGAUAUUUCAUGUGGAGUGGAUUAGUACAACAGUGACAAGUACAUGGAAUAAUAAAGAAGACAGGCCUCCGAAGACUUUACAAUCUUAAAUCCAAGAGACUUGGCUAAUUCUGGAGCUAGCCAUAUGAAAACUUUACAGAAGUAUGGGUAGCUGAUUUGAAAUAACUCUAUGUCAAAUAGCCAUAGGUUAAGUAUCUUCAAAGAACUUGGAAAUUAUUUCAGAGGAUACAAAAUAAAAAAACAAACUGGAAAACAAAGAUUACAGAGGAAAAACCAACACCUUCCUGUGCAGUCCUGUGGGAUUUGUAAGUACUAUUUGGGACUUGCCAUGAGGUGUUGAAGCCUUGUUUCACUGAGUUGGAGAGACUGGACCUAAAUGGCGCAGCAUGACUUUGCUCCAGCCUGGCUUAAUUUUCCUACUCCACCAUCAUCAACAAAGUCGUCCCUGAAUUUUGAAAAGCAUUCUGAAAACUUUUCAUGGACAGAAAAUCGUUAUGAUGUAAAUCGUCGACGACAUAACUCUUCAGAUGGCUUUGAUUCUGGUAUUGGGCGUUCUAAUGGAGGUAAUUUUGGAAGGAAAGAAAAAAAUGGAUGGCGUACACAUGGAAGAAAUGGUACAGAAAACAUAAAUCAUCGAGGGGGCUACCAUGGUGGAAGUUCCCGUUCUCGUAGCAGUAUUUUCCAUUCUGGAAAAAGCCAAGGAUUACAUGAAAACAAUAUACCUGACAAUGACACUGGGAGGAAAGAAGACAAGAGGGAACGGAAACAAUUUGAAGCUGAGGAUUUUCCAUCUUUAAAUCCUGAAUAUGAGAGAGAACCAAAUCAGAAUAAAUCUUUAGCUGCAGGAGUAUGGGGCCUACACGCCCAGACACACACAUACCCAACCAAAAAAAUCUCCCAAGCUCCUCUCUUAGAAUAUCCUCCGAAUCCUAAAUCUAGAGCUCCCAGAAUGCUGGUCAUUAAGAAAGGUAAUACAAAAGACUUACAGCUAUCUGGAUUCCCACUCGUGGGAAAUCUUCAGUCGCAGCCAGUUAAGAACGGGACUGGUCCAAGUGUUUAUAAGGGCUUAGUCCCUAAACCUGCUGCUCCGCCCACAAAACCUACACAAUGGAAAAGCCAAACUAAAGAAAAUAAAGUUGGAACUGCUUUCCCUCAUGAGUCUACAUAUGGUGUUGGCAACUUUAAUACUUUCAAAUCAACUGCCAAGAAUUUUAGUCCAUCAACAAAUUCAGUGAAAGAGUGUAACCGCUCAAAUUCCUCUUCACCUGUUGACAAACUUAAUCAGCAACCUCGUCUAACCAAACUGACACGAAUGCGUACUGAUAAGAAGAGUGAAUUUUUGAAAGCACUGAAAAGGGACAGAGUAGAAGAAGAACAUGAAGAUGAGAGCCACGCUGGCUCAGAGAAGGACGACGACUCAUUUAAUUUGCAUAACAGCAAUAGUCCUCACCAAGAAAGGGAUAUAAACCGAAACUUUGAUGAAAGUGAAAUUCCACAAGAGAAUGGCAAUGCCUCAGUGAUUUCCCAGCAGAUCAUUCGGUCUUCAACCUUUCCACAAACUGAUGUUCUUUCAAGUUCACUUGAGGCAGAACACAGAUUGCUAAAGGAGAUGGGCUGGCAGGAAGAUAGUGAAAAUGAUGAAACAUGUGCUCCCUUAACUGAGGAUGAAAUGAGAGAAUUCCAAGUUAUUAGUGAACAGUUACAGAAGAAUGGUCUGAGAAAAAAUGGUAUUUUGAAAAACGGCCUGAUCUGUGACUUCAAGUUUGGACCCUGGAAAAACAGCACUUUCACACCCCCCAUUGAGAAUGCUGACACAGAGACAAGUAGCAGCGACACCUCUGAUGACGACGACGUGUGAAGGAUUUCCUAACAGCUUUAGACAUUUUAGUGUGAUACAUCUCAUGCAGUUUGGGGUGAAUUGUAAAAAUGAAGAACUAUAAUUUAUGUAGUAAAAUACCCCAUUAGAAGAUGAUUUUUGGGGACUUCAGUAUGAAGAAAACCAAGAAUAUUGUGUUGGGCUGUGUUGAACAUUAUUUCUUUGUAAAUGAAUGUUGUAGAAAUGAGGACUUGGUUGAUCCAACAUUGACUUUCUUCAUCACUGCAGCAUUUCUCUGACUAGCAAUGUGACGAUGUAACAAAUGAGAUUUCUCAUUUAAUAAUAAAAAAUGUGUAAUGUUUUGCAAAGCUUCUGUCUUAAAAUGUCCAGGUCUUAAGAAAAAAAAAAAAAAGGCAGCUUACACUGUUUUGCUUGCAGAGUCUAUCUUUUCGUACAAUGGAGAUCAAGUCCACUCUGUGUGCCCCAAACAAGGACAAUGUAGCAUGCCGGCUAAAACUGGAGCAAGUGCACUAAAACAUUAAUUUCCUGAUCUCAAAUGUUGUAUUAGUCACCGUUUAAACAUAAAUUGCUCUUUAGCCCUUUGCAGUGCAGUAAAUGGGAAGACUUGCCACACUUCCUUCCAAAUUUAAGAGGCAAUUUUUCAAGAGCUUUACUUGGGUAUGUUGUCAGUCCAGGAUUUUCAGAGUUGAUGGAAAAGUCUUGUGGAAAAACUUAUUUUGAUAAAUUAUUACACAUGCAGAAAAACUGAUCACAUUGACUGGAUCUGUCCACCACAUGGAAAAUAAACUGGAUUUUCAGAA